AUGUCUCGGCAUACAGCUCUCUACAGCAUUUUAAACCUAGAUCCUGAUGCAUCUCAGGAUGACAUCAAACGCGCAUACAAGAAUUUAGUCCGAAUCUAUCAUCCAGACAGAAAUGCAAAUCCGUCUUCUCAUGAGCAGUUUAUUCGAAUCCGCGAUGCAUACCAUACUUUGUACAAUCUUGACACCCGAGCACUUUACGAUCUGUAUGGCCGAAUUGUUGAACCCCCUCUUCGUGGAAAUGAUGAUGAACGAGAAAGUAAUAAUAGACCUUUAUAUAAUGAAACUCCAACAGUACCAACAUCAGAAACUCGAAGACCAAGUACACAGUACUCUUAUACAUUUAACACUUCAAGAGAGCCUAGAGGGUCCAAUGUUGGAGAUUCACCAAGAAGCUCUACUAGCUACAGUUAUACCUUUUCUCAAGGAGAAGGUAGCACAUAUGACCCACGGCCAAAUUCCUUUUGUCGCUCAGAAACAUUUUCCCAUAGCGGGUCAAGCACAUCAAGCACAUCUUCAGGCCAGAAUUCGCCAGCUAGCAAUCCGAAUGCUAAUCAAAAUACCAACACCAGCACAUCUUCAACAAAUACACAGUUCCGUGUGGUACUCAGGCUUUCCAUUGUAGAUGUAUAUAAUGGAUGCACGCGUAUCGAACAAGUUGAACGACGCGACCACCGAGGUCAAAUAGCCCAGUAUCCGUUUCGUAUCGAAAUUAAGCCUGGUACUAAGUCUGGAACAACAGUGACUUUCCCUCAGUCUGGUAGUUAUAAUUCGGCGACAGGCACGUGGCAAGACCUUGUUUUUGUAUGCGCUGAAGACGAUGGUGGACCAACAGCAAUAUUUUCACGCCAGGACUACGAUCUUCAUAUGAAUUUUGUGGUUUCUCUGCGAGCUGCCAUGACUGGAAUUGACCGAGAGAUUGUGUUACCUGGUGGUAAAAAGCACAAGGUUAAGGUAGACACUCCGGUACAGACAGGACACAAGGUUGUGUACCCUGGGCUUGGUUUUGUCAACGGGCCACUUAUGCGGGCGCAACAAACGACCGAGGAGUUGCGCGGGAAUCUGAUUGUGCAUUUUAAAGUCAAGAAACCCAGCGAGCUGACUCCUGCGCAGCGCAAGGCUAUUGAAAAGCAUUUCAAUUAA